AUGAAGCAGAACACGAAGCUUUUCUUCUCUAUUGUGGCGCUUGGCCAAACGCUUGGUGUUAUGGCUGACGUCACACUCGACUGCUACUCCUUCGAUGCCGUUGCUGAGGUGUCGUUAGCAUUCAACACUCCUAGUGCUUGCUCUUCCCAUUGUGCGGACGCGGGACACUCUGUCUUUGCAGCACGAGGAGAGGGCUGCUUUUGCCUCGACACCCUACCUUCGAACGACAAAAAAGUAGACGCGUCUAAGUGCAAUGAAGCUUGCCCAGGCUACGCGCUCGAAACAUGUGGUGGCGCACCUGGAUACUAUUCUGUAGGCACCAUCGACGACUUAGGCUCCGAUUCAUCUAGCACAGGGUCUUCAUCAGCCACCAUAACUGGAACGUCUACGACAGCGAGCGUCAGUGGCGGUACUGCAUCUACCCCCUCGACAACUACUUCCGCUACAGCUAUCGCCAGCUCGUCAACCACGCCUUCAAACAAUACUGUCACAGUCACGCCUUCCUCGUCCUCCAGUAGCUCCGGUUCAGCAUCUCCCACCGCCGAAAUUAGCGGUGCGGACGCUUUCAUCUUCAGGAAGGGUGCCACUGUGCUUGCAUCUGUUGUUUCCGCCGUAGCUGCACUCGUCGCUCUUGUCUAG